AUGUUCACAGAUGUAUAUAUAUAUAUAUGUAUGUAUGUAUGUAUCAUCGUCCUUCUUGUGUUUCUCAGUGGAAUUAAGAUCAUCAGCUAGCUUAGAUGGACACUGCAAGUGCAAAAGAAGAGCAGCGGCGUCAAGAACUAGAGAAGCUUCUCCGGCAAUGGAGUCCCCCGGAGGUUCCUGUUCACAGCAUUUACCAUAGAAAGAGCUUCUUCAGCUUCCGGCGAGAUCCACGCUACGAGACCCAUAAACUGAAGAAGACGGUGCCGAUCCGCGGCGAAUACGUCGAGCUCCACUUACUCGACACGCAAGCCGUUCGGCAUCACAUGAUCAAGUACGAGUACCUCCAUUUCGGCCUGGUCCAAGUCGCCGUGAAGCCUCUCACCGCCGCCGGCUUGGACUACUCUGUUCUCGUCUGCCUCGAGUUUGGCCCGUCCCUUCUGGCGGUGGCUCAAGCUUCUCUCCGCCACGGACCCAUUUAUUUUGACUGCUAUCCAAGCUAUCAGGUGACGCUUUCGGAUGCCUCGAAGCCCAUGACUUCGACUCUCAGCAUCAAAAUUGAGAGUUCCCGGAAUGUUGAGCUGAAUUCAUCGGAUAUAGCCGUCGAGUACAGGAUUUACUAUCGAGUAUGCAACGGUGCUUUUAACGGCUCAAAGAAGUCUCCCUCCGUCGGGGAGACUACUUUCGUGGAGACCAAUCUGGUGGGCGGCGGCGGCCGUGCCGUUCCGAGGACUAUCCGGUGGGAUUCGUUUGAAGUGCCGGAAAGAUGGACGGACAGAACCGAGCCCAUCAAUAAUGGCGACGGAAAUUAGAGAUCAUGAGUGCUGGAUCCUUAAUUAAUUUGUAGUCUUUCCGGUAUGUAUACGUAAUCUCUGGCUUUUUAUAUAUCUUCAACAGCUUUUCUCUGUGUCGCCGGCGUCCAUAGUUAUGAAGUUAAUUUCCGGCAAGAAAUAUGUUGCAUUCCCGCCGACGACAGGCCAAUGAGGACUAACGGGCGGACAUGCCCCCUGCAUUGCA